AUGUCUUUCCUCUUCGGUGAACAUGUCAUCACCCACGACGGCGAGUACUUCUGCCGUCUCUGCCAACACCAGUACCCCUCCUACGACGCCAUCUGCUCGCACUGCCAAGCCGCCUCGCACCAUUCGUGGUGCCAGGCCUGCGAGUUGGUGUUCCCAGACGAGACAGAGCUCUGGGAACACCUGGAGGACCCAAGGUACCACAAUCUCUGUCUACAUUGCGACGGCAAGGUCGACUUCUCCGAUGAGGAGCAGCUCGAUGCUCACCGGGCGGAAGCCCAUUUCUGGUGCCCGGGGUGCGACCUCACCUGCGCAUCGAAGAGGAGCCUGAACACGCACCUCAUCUAUGAGCAUGCUGCCUGCGAGUACUGCUUCGAAUGCUUCGAGGACAUGGAGCUCUGCCGCGAUCACAUGAGAACCCAUGUCCCGGAUGAGUACCGGUGCCCUGGAUGCGGUGACAAAGACGAGGUUUUCUCGACCACCAUCCAGCACCUGGAGUCGAGCAGUGACUGUGGCGGCUACCAGCAAGUGAUGCGCCUUGUGAAGGCAACGCCUAGCUUCCGGGAUUUCUACAUCCACUCCGGUUCGGGAUUCGACUUCUACUGCAAGAGUUGCCUGCGCCGCUGGUCUACCCUUAGUGAGCUUGCCCUCCAUCUGGAGGGUGCCAAUGACUGUGGGUGGCUCCUGGACCCGGAUGAGGCAUUUUCAUCCUUGCGACAACUUCUCGGUCGACGCCGCCGGCAAGACUUGCCUACGCAGCAGUAG